AUGGAUGAUACCGCAGGACCUUCCGGUGGUGACUCUCGAGAGACAGGUCGAAGCCCUCCUCGAAUUCCGAACCCUCCGUCAUCUCCCCCUACUACAUACUCCAAGAAUGACUACUUUCGAGAUGCUGAGUUCAUACUGUUGUUACAAGAAGUUCCCAUCGAUGAGAUUGGACCUUAUCUAUCUCAAUUGGUCACUGAUGUCAUUCUCGGGAUUGCUCGAGGUGCCGUGGCUGCUCUUGAUUCACGCACUCGAGGAGAAAAUCGUCUAAAAGCCGAGCAACGAUAUCAGGACGAUGAACAAGUUUUCACUGAAGCCGGUGCUCGUGCUUUCAUUGAUCGCUUUGUUCAAGGCCCUGCUCUAAAUGAAACUUCUGCUGUUGAGACUGCACAAGAACGAAGACGCCGACGUCGUUUCGAUCACGGGCCUGUCGAGGAUGCUUAUGCUAUUUCCCAUCGAGACACUCGGUCAUCUCCAGGUCAGCAACCUCGAUAUCAACCACCUAGAGAGUGGAGUGUCUUUCCCAGUGUGGCACCUUUUGGUACACCUUUCGGAAUGAACCCUUACCUUGCUUCAUCUCCUGCAAUGGGUUUUCAGCAACCAUAUCAGUACGCACCUCCUCCAACAGCCCAAUCUCAACCUCAAAUGAUGCAACCGUCAAACUUGACUUCUCGUUCCACAAGUGGACGUAGACUCAAAGCAUCAGAAAUGGGAAAAUUCGAUGGCGCUGGCCCCGAGACGAGGAAGAGAAAGCAUGCGCCCGAGAUGGCUCCUUCGCCAAAGAGAACCCGAGUUGACAAUGGUGGCCUGAUAAUCAACGGCGAACUGAAAUACUUCCGAUCCGGAGCAAAGGAUUUUCCUCAUCUUCUACAGAGAGAGGGCCAGGCUUACUUCGAUCGUACCGGCUACAUCUCCACGGCCUUCAGCAUGCAGAUGAACAUCGAUGGCUGUACAAGGUACGCAACUGGUCUCGAUGUGCAAAAAGAUAUCGAUGAAAGAAAAGUGAACCCCGGAAAGUACUUCGUCUUGAAAUUCGAUUUUUCCAAAAUCAACCCCCACCCAGACCUUACGGAGGCGAAUGAGGCACUCAUCAAGAUGUUGAAUUCUUCCAUCGAGUGGUUCUACGAAGAAUACACUGCCUAUUUGGGCGGAAAAUCUGAAGCUCUAUCCCAAGACAUUGAUAGUAAAGAACCCAACAUUAGUCUCAAGAAGUGUGUCAAAUCAGUUCGACGUGCGAUUAAGAACGACGAGCAACUUGCUGGUAUUAAAGGGAUCUACGUACUCGUUGACGAGUAUGAUGCUUUUCCUAAUAACUACCUCGAACCACCCAAGACCGUCGGAAGACCCAAGAUCGCUUGGGAGGAUACAGCAGUCGGACGGACUUUCAAGUCUUUCUGGGCUACAAUAAAGUCAUUAUGCGCAGACGGGAUCAUCCAAAGAAUUUUUAUCACGGGCAUCUCACCGCUCUCCUUAUCCGUUCUCGGCAGUGGGUUCAAUGUGGCGAGAAAUACGUCAUUCGAUAAGGACCUAGCCGGGCUUUGUGGUUUGACAUACUCGGACUUGGAAGACGCCCUAAAGGGAAUCUACGAAGACCCUGAAGUCUACAACGGUUUUCUUUCAGAAAUGACUAAAUUUUUCCACGGAUAUCAUUUCUGUAAUGAUGAAACGGUCGAAACUGUUUACAACACGGAGACGUGCUUGGCAUAUCUUCAGCGUCGUAUCGAGCGAAAGACGCCAGAGACUCGAGACCCGGAAAACUCUGAAGUAUCUGAACAGUUUCUUAAGAGAUUUGCUGCUUCGACGCCAGUGAUAAGAGACUUCGAAAAAGCACUGGAAUGUGACGGAAAGGGGAACUUUAUGCCCGUCGAAUACGACCGAUUCAGACCUGAAUUUACGCUUCGAGACUUGAAUGAGGAUGAAGAUUAUUCUUCGUGGCGUUCACUAACUAUCUACUUUGGCGGCCUUACGUUUCACCCAGAAAAGCCGACAACGCACCUUAAGAUACCGAAUAGGGUUGCGGCAGAUCGUAUCGCUCUCGCGGUCCUCCGAAAGUAUGGUCUGUGUAACUCUCUCUCAGAAGCACUUCGGUAUCCCGUGGACUACGGAGAGCUUGAACAAACGUUGGGUUGUUAUCGAGAAUUGAUGAUGCAACGAGACGUCACCACCCAAGAUCUUACCCAAACGCAUGAAGCAGCUCAUCGGGAUAGCUUCUAUUUCAGCCUACUGCAAAACCAUUUUCUUGCUCCACGCGCAGAAUUUAAGGUGAUAAAGCCAAAUAAAACAAACGGCCGUAUCGAUCUUAUCCUCCAGAUUCCCGGACAACUGAUAGUUACCGAAUGGAAGUUCUAUCGAAUUAACUUCCUAAAUAUACAGGAUGGCGACACAUAUGCGCAUCUCGCUAAAGCAGACAUCCUGCGCGACUACAACCUCUCUAAAAUUCUUCAGCUUAGAUUCGCCACUUGGGACAGCCACCAUGAAGGAACAAUUAGGUCAUGGGUUAUUGGAAAUGAGGCCCGGCAGCUAAGAGAUUAUAUCAAGAGCACUGAAAUACAGCAAAAGGUGGAGAAAGACAGUCUUAAGCUGCAGGCACACUUUGUUAUUGUUGUCGGGUCACGUCAUAUCUUGUUGUGGGAUAUGGAUAAGGAGGGAAAUUUGGCUGCAGAACCUCGUCUCGUACAGGUGCCAAGCAGAUCUAAACAGACAGGAUGA